AAGAUUAAACCAAAUCCAACAUCCGUAAAAUCUGAACACAAAAAUGUAUCAUUUCAUCAACCAGUUUUACAUUUCUACAGAUCAGACAAAAGCAGAAAAAACCCGUGCUGUAAAGAUCGAUACCUAAGCGAGAGAAAUCAGACAAAAGCAGCAAGCCGCAGGGCAGGAACAGCCACCGGAGAACCACCUAAAAGACACAGGAAAUCACCCCAAGCUCCUUCUCUCUUCUUUCCUUCUGCCCCGAAUCUUCUCCUCUCUACCGUUGCUGUUUCUGCAUAAAUCAAAGAGAGCACAAGCUGGAAAUUUCUGAGAGUUUUGUUCCUUUUGUGCGGCUGUUACAGAGAAAAAAUACAAGAGGGUUUUUGUUGUUUUGAGUAGAGAGAGUGGCUGUUUGGUGGUGAUCGGUGAAGAUAAUGAGAUCAGAGAUGAUCGGCAACAAUGGCAGAGAUCCAAGUCGAGGGGCGGCGGAGAGGUGGACAGUUGGAGAAAAGAAGACUAGGGAAUCUUUUUGGUGGCUGCCACCCAGCUUUUUUUGUACGAUCCCCUGAAAAGGCUUUAUGUGGCUAGAGGGCUUUGUAAUUUUUUUUGGGUGAGAAUGGGCUAGACUUUGGUUGAGCUCCAAUCAAGACCCAACCGCUCA